UAAUAUUCCCAAUAUCCGCAUAGCAACCGUAAUUGCAACUGCAUCGAUCACGUUUUCCCAUAAUGUCAAAGAUCACAACGAAACCUUAUGACAUUCAAUGUUGGCUACAUUAGAUGUUUUAUAUUAUAACCUUUUGUUUUAAAUUUGAGAGUGUGUGAAAGCUGCGGCAUCCUCGAAACAGUGUGCAGUAUUAGAGGGAGAAAAGAGGAAGAGAAGAAAGUGGUGAGGGAGGGAAUGGCGUCCGGCAUCCAACUCCAUGGGGAGGACUCGGUGGUGUUGCGGGUCACUCAUUCCAAUCUGAAAACCUUCAACACCGAUAUCCGCUUCUCGCUUCAGCUCACGGUGGAAGGCGUCAAGGAUAAGCUGUGGAAAAAAUGCGGCACUUCUGUCAACUCCAUGCACCUUGAGCUCUACGAGGAUGCUCGCAACGACAAGAUCGCCGAUCUCUCUGAUAAUUCCAAACCCCUUGGCUUCUAUUCCCCUCUUGAUGGGUUUCGUUUGCAUGUUGUGGAUCUUGACCCAACUUCCAUCUCCUCUGGUGGUUGGCUGGAAGAUACUUCGUUGGUCGAAAAAUACCAAAUUUCUGAAGAAGCCUACAAUAAGCGACAAGACACCUUCAGAAAAUAUAAAGAGAAAAUUACUUCCCAUGUUCCUGCAACUGCGGAGGCAAAGAUGUCAGACACCAGUGAGGAAGAGCUCUGUGCUAAUAUCAAGAAGAUGGCACCUAGCCCUCCUCCUCCCCCACCCACAAAUCACGAGGUUCCCGGUCUUGUAAGGAUGAUGGAGUCCUUCGUGGUGGCGUUGCAGCAACAGAAUACAUCCCUAGUGCAGCUGAAUACCAUUGCCAUGCAGCAGUUAGAGGCUGCUAGGGUGUCAGCUGAGACAUCCCAGAGGUAUGUGGAUCUUAUGAGCAGUGGUAGAACUGUAACUAGGCCUUCUUCUUCUUCACCCGCUCCAGCUCAAGAGUGGAGUUUAGAGAGUUUCCUCCAGCACCAUCCGGCCAAGUUUCAUGGCAAGGUCAGUUUAGAUGAGGCAGAUCAGUGGUUCAAAGAUAUAGAGAGAAUCUUCAAUGCAAAGAGAUGCCCAGAUGAGAACAGGUUGGUGUAUGCUGAGUAUUUGUUGUCUGGAGAGGCUGGUUACUGGUGGAGCAAUAUGAGGAUGCUGUUGGACAGAAGUGGUACACCUAUCACUUGGGGUCUAUUCAAGAAGAAAUUCUAUUCUGAAUAUUUCCCUGACAGUGUAAGGUUUGCUAAGGAGAUGGAGUUCCUUCAGUUAGUGCAAGGAGGAAUGUCAGUAUCAGAAUAUGCAGAUAAGUUCAAGCAUCUCAUUCGUUUUCACACCAUGGAGAGGGAUGAAGAAUGGCAGUGUAGAAAGUUUGAAAAUGGGUUGAGAGGAGAUAUCAAGUUACUAGUAGCGGGCUUAUAUAUUAAGAAGUUUCCUUCAUUGGUAGACAAAGCCAGAGUGUUGGAAAAGACAAAGAAUGAAGUGGAAAGUCAGCAGAGGCAGCCUCCGAGAGUUGGUGGACCAUCUGGGUCUAGGUUCAGUCAAGGAGACAGGAGGAAACCUUAUUCUAGGCCUCCCUCUCAUUGGUCUAGGGGGUCUUCUUCUCAGCCAGUAGGUCAGGUAGGGCAAUCUGGUGGAGUGAGAUGUUAUUCUUGUGGAGGACCACACUAUAGGAAUGUUUGUCCUCGCUUGAGUGGUGCCAUGAAGUGUUAUACCUGUGGGAAAGAGGGACAUGUUGCCAUGGACUGUCUGCAGCUAAAGGAUCAGGAUCUUAGUCGCAGCGGUCGGGUCCAUCUCAGCAGAGGAAAGGUGGCAGACCUCAGGCUACAGACAGGGUUUAUGCUAUGUCAGGGGCAGAGGCAGCAAGGUCAGGUAGGAUCCAGAUGUGAAGUUGAACCUGGGGCAAAAAGAGGUGUUGUAAAAUUUGUUGGUCGGGCAGAAUCACUGGGUCCUGGUCUCUGGGUUGGAGUACAGUAUGACGAACCCUUGGGCAAACAUGAUGGCAUGGUUAAAGGAGUACGCUACUUCGAAUGUCCUCCAUCUCAUGGUGGAAUAGUUAGACCAGAUAAAGUGAAGGUUGGUGACUACCCUGAACGAGAUCCCUUUGAAGAAGAUGAAAUAUGAGUUUCAACGUGGAGGGUUUUCCUUUUGUGGAUCAAGUAUUUGUUUCCAGAACCUAAUCAAGGGUUUCAUUGUGGUUUUUGAAAUGUUUGUGUUGUUUUUAAAAUGAAAAACCAGUGCAACGUGAAAAACAUAAAUUAGAUGUUCAUUACGAUGC